ACUGUCAAAACCAGUCAAAACUCGUCGAGAUAUGUGAAAAAUAUUUGUAUUUUUCGCGAAAAAAAAUACGCUUUUAAUGAAAAAUGAGACGUGAAUUCAUAUUACUGUUAUUAGGGAUAAUAAGUAUAUCGACUCUGUCAUCUUUACUGUCCAAUUACGUGCAAAUUGAGCCCGACAAACUGUUAUUAGACACAGUAGUCGGGGCUGUGGGUGCAGGGAACUUUUCCUAUUGGCAAUUAGGGCAUACGGGGCCCUUAUUAAUUGAAUUGACCUCUUUGACCGGUGAUGCGGACCUUUAUGUGUCGGAUUCUGUACGGCCAAGUUAUGAGAUUGACAGGAACAACUUCAGUUCAGCCACGUGUGGGAAUGACCUGGUCAACAUCCCGCCUGACUUUCCCAGACCUAUAGGUAUAGGUGUAUUUGGUGCAUGGUCCCACUCUGUAUCGGAGUACAGCAUUCAAGUCUUCCUCGACGGUGCCAAACUACAGUCCCUGGCCACGGAGUUCCAGAAUGCGAACCCAGACAAGUCUGAUAACAAUCAGCGCAAGGACAAGUCCGUACCAAAGAAGGUGGACGAGGAGAAGCCCCGGUUCUUCCUCAGACUCCUCAACAUUCUGGAGAUGGUGUUCGAGAUGGUGGUGUUAUAGUUCUUCUUCCUCGUUACGUGCUAGUAACUGACCUUUUCCCACAUCAUCAUCAACUGAAGUCCACUGCUGGGCAUAGCUCGAGUCCUGAAGCUGGACAGGGCACAUAGGUUGAAAUCUUUUUUUUUUUUUCUCUAAAUCUGGCUUUACUCUGAUU